AUAGGUUUAGAGAUCGAAACCUGGCAUGCAAGACAUUAUUUAAGCUGUAACAAUUUAAAUUUUGAGAAAAUCAGCGACAGAAACUGAGACAGAAAACGCAUAUACAAUAGGAGCUGCGCUUGCGACAACUUCGUCACUUGGAUUCUUUCAUUGGAAACGAUGACCAACAACAGAGAGAAGAAAGGAGAGGCACUUCACCGCCAAAGCCCCAAAGUUGAUGAAGUCACCAGGAUUCGCAUUUCCCAGAUUCUGGAACAGUUCCGAGCUUCCAAAGAUGAAGUGUACAAGUUUGAUGCUGGUUUGUCCAACCAAGAGCGUGCUUUGGUGCAUCAAAUGUCCCAGAAAAUGGGGUUUAGAUCUAAAAGUUCUGGGCUUGGGAAGGACCGGAGAGUGUCCGUUCAAAAAAUUAAAAAAAAGUCUGACACAGAUAAUGGGUUUGCAAAUAUUCCUCGUUUCACAUUUUCUGAAGAGGCGAAGUGGGUGCUGGGUGAUUUAUUUGCUCAUUAUCCUCCUGGUGAUGGAGACUUGUGGGAGAUGGUUGGAGAAAAUAGUGACAGUACUGCUGAUAAAACAAAACAGAAGCAGGAUGAUAUUUUCAGCAGGCCCUCGAUGAGCAAAACUGAAAUUGCUAGGAGAUUGGAAGCUCUUUCUUCUAGAAUUAACAAAGUCUCUAACUUGAAACAGAUCAUUGAAGAUAGAUCUAAGCUUCCAAUUGCAUCUUUCAAGGAUGUAAUAACAUCAACUGUUGAAUCUCACCAGGUAGUUCUCAUAUCUGGUGAAACUGGUUGUGGAAAGACUACGCAGGUUCCACAAUUUAUUUUGGAUCAUAUGUGGGGUAAGGGAGAGGUAUGUAAAAUAGUUUGUACUCAGCCUCGGCGGAUCUCUGCAACUUCAGUUUCUGAGAGAAUCUCCACUGAGAGAGUAGAGACUAUUGGAGAAAAUGUGGGAUAUAAGAUACGGUUAGAAAGCAGAGGGGGAAGGCAAUCAUCAAUUGUGCUAUGUACCACUGGAGUGCUACUAAGGGUGUUGGUUUCCAAAGGUUACCAUUCGUCUAAGAUAGGGCACAUGAAGGAUGACGUUUCUGGAAUCACUCACAUAAUUAUGGAUGAAAUUCAUGAAAGGGAUCGAUACUCUGACUUCAUGUUGGCAAUCAUCAGAGACAUGCUCCCUUCAUAUCCUCAACUACGUCUGAUAUUAAUGAGUGCCACCAUUGAUGCUGCGAGAUUUUCUCAAUACUUUGGGGGCUGCCCAAUCAUCAGUGUUCCGGGAUUCACUUAUCCGGUCAAAACUUUCUAUUUGGAGGAUGUACUUUCUAUUGUAAAAUCUAAGAAAGAUAAUCAUCUUGAUAGUACCACAUGUAGUACUUCAAUAAACACCAGGGAGCUAAGUGAAGAAGAGAAGCUUUCUAUGGAUGAAGCUAUUAAUUUGGCUUGGUCUAAUGAUGAAUGGGACAUGCUGUUAGAGUUGGUUUCUUCUGAAGGAACCCCAGAACUCUUUAAUUACCAACAUUCUUUAACUGGCAUUACUCCACUAAUUGUGUUUGCUGGGAAGGGUAGAGUGGGUGAUAUGUGCAUGCUCUUAUCUUGUGGAGCAGAUUGCCAUUUAAAGGCCCAGGAUGGAAUGACUGCACUGGAGAUCGCUGAAAGGCAAAACCAACCAGAAGCAGCUGAAAUAUUGAAGAAGCACUUACACAAUGAUUUUUCCAACUCCACAGAAGAGAAUAAGCUACUUGAUAAAUACCUGUCAACGGUCAACCCAGAACUUGUUGAUGUUGUUUUGAUAGAACAGUUGAUAAGAAAAAUAUGCAUUGAUUCAACAGAUGGAGGGAUCCUUGUUUUUCUUCCAGGCUGGGAUGAAAUAAAUAGAACACGUGAGAAAUUGUUUGCAUCAUCUUUUUUCAAGAAUUCCUCAAGGUUUAUGCUCAUAUCUCUACAUUCAAUGGUUCCAAGCGUGGAACAAAAAAAGGUUUUUAGGCACCCACCUCAUGGGUGCCGCAAAAUUGUACUAUCAACAAAUAUUGCUGAAACAGCUAUCACCAUUGAUGAUAUAGUGUAUGUCAUAGACACUGGACGAAUGAAGGAAAAAAGUUAUGAUCCUUAUAACAAUGUGUCAACUCUUCAGUCAUCUUGGAUUUCAAAAGCAAGUGCUAAGCAGCGAGAGGGACGUGCUGGCCGCUGUCAACCCGGAAUAUGCUAUCAUCUAUUCUCAAGGACUCGAGCAGCUUCCUUACCAGAUUUUCAGAUUCCAGAAAUUAGAAGAAUACCUAUUGAGGAGCUUUGUCUGCAGGUGAAGUUGCUAGAUCCAAAUUGCAAAGUAGAAGAAUUUCUGGGCAAGACGCUAGAUCCUCCAGUUUUUGAGUCCAUACGCAAUGCUAUUAUAAUUCUUCAAGAGAUUGGGGCAUUUUCAAGUGAUGAAAAACUCACCAAACUAGGGGAGAAGCUUGGUUCUCUUCCUGUUCACCCAUCAAUCUGCAGGAUGCUUUUUUUUGCUAUAUUGAUGAACUGCCUUGAGCCAGCUUUAACUCUUGCUUGUGCAUCCGAGUAUAGAGAUCCGUUUACACUUCCAAUGUUACCUGAAGAGAAAAAGAGAGCCACAGCUGCCAAAUCUGAGCUUGCUUCUUUAUAUGGGGGUUGCGGUGAUCAGUUUGCUGUAUUGGCUGCAUUCGAAUGCUGGAAUAACUCAAAGAAAAUGGGUCUAGAAGCACGGUUUUGUUCUCAGUAUUUUGUGUCAUCAGGUGCCAUGCACAUGUUAUCUGGCAUGCGCAGGCAACUUCAAGCGGAACUAAUUCGAAAUGGGUUUAUCCAUGAAGAUGCUUCAAGUUACAGUGUGAAUGCAUAUGACCCUGGUGUACUCCAUGCUGUUUUGGUAGCAGGACUAUAUCCAAUGGUCGGGAGAUUUAUUCCAAAUAAAAUUGGGAAAAGAUUUAUAGUUGAAACAGCAGGUGGUGAUAAAGUUCGGUUGCACAAUCAUUCUACAAAUUUCAAGUUGUCAUUCAUGAAAAAUUUAGAUCACACUUUAAUUGUGUAUGAUGAGAUUACUCGUAGUGACGUGGGUAUGAACAUAAGGAACUGCACAGUUGUUGGACAACUUCCACUUUUGCUGCUUUCGACAGAGAUUGCUGUUGCUCCAACCGAUGAAAAUGACGACGACGAGGAUGAUGCAGAAGGGAGUGAAGAUGAAGUUGGAAGUGAAGAUGGGAUGGAACUUGAUGAUAAAUCUAGUGGAGGCCGUGAGGAUAAGUUGAUGUCUUCUCCUGAUAACAGGGUUAAAGUAAUCAUGGACCGUUGGCUUUAUUUUCGUUCAACAGCAAUCGAUGUUGCUCAGCUAUACUGCUUGAGAGAGAGACUAUCAGCAGCAAUUUUAUACAAAGUGACAUAUCCAAGGAAUGAUCUUCCUCCAAUCAUGGCGGCUUCUAUGGAUGCUAUAGCUUGUAUUUUGUCUUGUGAUGGGUGCAUUGGUAUGCCAUCAAUUUCAGAAGGUGUGGACUCAUUAACCACUAUGGUAAAUGCAACAACUUUAGGCAGGUCAGGAUCUAGGCGAUUUGGUAAGAGACCAAAAGGAUCACUUGCAGAGCUUAUUAAUUAUGAUGGUCGCCAAAACUCUGGGCCUUCUAAAGCCUAGUUGAUUGAAAGUUCAGUGUUGGCAGAAGCUUAUAUCGAAUACAGAAAUCCUAACUGUGAAAAUUGAAACUAUGUUUAGCUUAUAUUGAGGACAAAUCCUGAAGAUGAAUGCGAUGAAGUGUCAUAAGAAAAAUCUUGGUUGGCGGAUGUGUUUGUGAUGGGUUCCUGACUCAGUUGAAGUUUGGGUGGUUCUCUAGUUCCCUCGCUUUGUUGUAUAACCAGUCAAAUUUUGUAAAUACCAGCCAUCCUCAACACUAGUCAAAUCCUAGUGUGAACCUUUAGCAUGAGUAGAAUUUAGAAUAGCUAAUGAAAUUAUUUAUUACAAAAUCAAAUGAGGAAUGAAAUUUGUGUGC